AUGGCAUCGGUAGAUCACCACCAUGGCUCCGAACCUUACAGCACGCUCGAGGUGCAAAGCGUAGAGGCUUCGAAUCCACAGGUCCUAGAGGGUUCAAACAAAGAAGUGGUACCUCAUCCAGAAAGUGAAUAUCCGCAGCCAGUCUCCACACUCAACGCAUGGGAUGCUCCAGAAGUGAAGGGCGUCGAUACGGAGGCAGCAAUUGCCCAGGGACAGAAUGACGGCAAUGCGAAGCGAAGGAUAUGUGGACUAUUACCACGCACCUUUUACAUUGUCCUAGCGGUUGUCAUACUAAUUAUAAUCGGAGCCAUCGCCGGAGGUGUUGCUGGAGGCUUGUCUAGCAGCCACAGCGAUUCGAGUUCAACGCCAGACCCGGGACCAGAACCGGGGACGACAGAAAAUGUUAAUAUCCUAAGUACAUCAAAACUUGCGGCUUCCAACUGGACAGACUCCCAAGGCAAUACUCACAGACACGUGUUUUUUCAAGAUCCUUACAAUGCUAUCAUUACUCGGCAGUGGGACUCGGAGAAUAAGACGUGGACGACAAAGAACGUCAGCCAGCUACUAUCAUCAUCGACUACGGGACCUAUUCACCCAAUCCCGGGGACGUCCCUGGCUUGCGCGUCUGCUGAUAAUAGAUGGGGUUCCCUGUACGAGGUGCACGUCUGGUUCUCAGAGGCUUCGACCGACCCAGACCCUACCAUUAGUUGGGUGAAUUUGAACAAUCCGGUCGGAAACCCCAAUUUCUGGACAUAUAGUUCGUCGAUACUUCGGACAUGGAAUAACACUCAGCUAUCGGUGGCUUGGCAGCGCUGUCCGAGAGAAAACUGCGUAGGAAACUGGAUUCUCGCAUACCAGGGGCGAGAGGGGUUCAUUAGGAUCGCAAAUGCCAGCAAUUGGGAUAACAACACAGAGCCGGUAAUUAGAGCCAACGCCGUUUCUGCCGGGGCUAGCCUAGCUUUGGUACCGUCGCUUAAUGGGACUUAUGUCCAUGGACUGACGCUUGCUUCCCAAAGGAGGCCGAGUUCGAUGGGCAAGACGACGUUCAUAGGAGAUUGGAACUGGAAGCAAGAUGAUGGAACGAUAUUAGACGAUGUUGACCCUCUAAUGACACGGCAAUUCGCCGCUACUACGAUGAAUAACUGGAACGAAGCGCUUUUCGUCGCCCUAUCUACAGACGGGGGUGUAAAGGGGGCUCGAUGGGAUGGGACAAGCUAUAAUGCGAUUCCGCAGAUUAACUUUGUUGACGGAGAGUCUACGAACUUCUCCGCUAUUGCGAUGACGACGGACGCGACGUUCUACGGGAUAUCUGAUGACCAGAUAUGGGAAUAUACAGUCGAUACGUCGGAUCCAUCCACUUUCACGCUUGCUGGAAAGGUAUACCCGUAG